UCCGUUGUACUUUGAACUAUCGAUCUCCCCGCACAGAUGUCGUAUCGAAAAUGUCUACUGGCUAGACGUGAUCAAAAAUAUUAGCGUUAUUUAUUAUUUUAUUAAAGGUGGACAACAGUGUGAUGAGACAUGGACAACAUGACGGGUAUAGUACGAGCGAUGUGCCGAGGUUUUAUGGACAGUUUGAAAGGUGCUCUGGUUUUAUUUUACAUGGACAAACAGAUCAAUGAAAGGGCACUCAGAAAUCCUCCGCUGAGGAGAGAUUCCGGACUACAGAAACGAGAAUCGAGCAAGCAGCCGAAACACCAACAGGAAUCAAAGGUCCUCAAAAGAACAAUACAGUGUUGCGCACUUAACGGCGGAGUCUUUUGGGCCAGUAUUUUCAUUUUUGAAUGCGGAGUGCUGCCGUCCCUCAAAUAUCUACUAACUAUUAUGUUCGGUGACUCUUCUGGAAUGGGCAUCAUGAUUUGGUCUUGGAUGAAGCCUUUUCUUUCCCUAACAUUCGGCACUAUAUGGGUGCUACCACUUUUUUUACUCAGUAGGAUAGUGAAUAGCUUAUGGUUUCAGGAUAUAGCCGAUAGUGCGUACAGAUACAGGCAGGGCAGGCCCCACUUGUUAUCAAGUGUAAGUAAGCUGGUGGCUGACAUGCUGUUCAGCGUUUUGGUUCAGGCACUUUUCCUGGGGCAAGGAAUGCUGGUGUCGCGAGUGCCUCUUCCGCCUGUAGGCGAUCUUCUAGCUCUUGUGCAUAUGUGCCUCCUCUACGCCUUGUAUGCCUUUGAGUACAAGUGGUUUAACAUGGGCUGGGAACUGCACAGGCGACUGACCUUCAUUGAAGGAAAUUGGCCUUAUUUUAUUGGAUUUGGACUUCCACUAGCCGUUUUGACACAGCUUCCAAACUCAUAUGUUAUAAGCGGGUGCGUCUUCUCCAUUUUAUUUCCACUGUUCAUAAUCAGUGGAAACGAAGCAGAUCCAGUGACUGGAGUCUGUGAUUAUCCGCUCAAGCUCUUUUCACCAGUCAUUGCCAUUGCGAAUACUCUAUUCAAUAAAACUAUCCGGCCUGCGACCAGACGGUGACAAUUGCACGGUACUCCAAAUGCUGCUAUUUCAAGUAUGCACGAGUGAAAUACGGAAGCAACAACAUCGUAAAGCUUAUUGCUAUUUACUGCACUGUCGCAUUGAAAAGCAGCUAUCUAUUAGAUGAGCACUAAUUAUCACUGUACGACAUCAACCAGCAAUUACAAUGGUAAAAAUUCAAUUUUUUUAGGAUAUUUCAGCUUCAGUUAACGUCUUACAAUUAUAAGACUUUUAAUUUAGAGCAUAGAUUCAGAAUUUUAUUUCACAUUAUCAUAUAAUGUACCAACAUUGAAGAUAAUUUAAAUACCCAUUACUUCUGUUUAAUUAGUUAAACGAGUCGAAAAUUUUAGCAUCCACCAACCCUGUCACAAAUUAUAUUUUAUUUUUCAAGGGCAUGGUAAGCUUUUACACGAUUAACGAUUCAUUUUGAUGAACAUUGAAAACUAUAUUUGAAAUAUGAUAAUUGAGUGAGUUUGAACAAAAAAUCGAUAGGAUGUAAGAAAGUUUAUCCAUGGUAUACCCUCUGUAAGUAUGCAUGGUGGAAGAUCAAUAUACUGAAUGACGACACUCAACGUGACGUACAUAUAUAUACUGGUGACUUGCAAAAGCAUUGAUAAUUAGUGUUCAUUCUACGGUGUCUAAAUAACAACUGUAAGUAUAGACACUUAGAUUGAUUCUGAUUUCUUCGAUAUCCCAAGUAAUUUUGCGACUCUCUAUUCGAAAAAGACUUGAGACGCGCGGUCGGCAGUGUCAACAGUGUUCAUCGAAAACCGUGGGUCGUAAAAUUACUAGGGAUAUCGGAGGGGUCUGAAUCAUUCUAACUAUAUGCCCUAAGCUGUACAUACAACGAAUACUUAUCGCAACUGUUAUUAUACAACAAACAAUUAAUAACACUGAAUAUAUACAUACAUGUAUGAAUAAGUUAUAAGUGCACGUAAUUGUAAUUUACUUACUAAAUAUAACCUAACUAGUUGUAUUUUUCGAGGAUAUUUAAAGAAAAUCGACAUUAGUCAGUAAAAAUUAGGUAAUGUAUGUAUGUACACAUGUAGACAUUGAUUCAGAGACGGCUAGUUUAUCGGACGAAUCAAUUACUUUGGUAAACGCAGAUUCGGUCUAUUUGUAUACACAUAAGAUUUUUAUAACAAUUUUUACGUAUCAAAACGCAAAGCACGUAUUUCCUAAAACAGAACUGAGUGCUAUAUUAUUUUGUAUGCCUGCUACAUUCAGUAUAUGUGUGUGUAUAUGUGCGCGGAAAAAAAUGUUAGUGAAAAAAAAAACAACCAGCAAUCAGAUAGUGCUUUACAGUUUAAGGCAAGGUAUAAUUAUCGUAUAAUCUACCAAGAUUUCGGUUUCAC